AUGGCAGCAACUAUCGAAUCUUCGGUCCAGGUCUCGGCAGCGGCUUCCUCGAAGAGGCCAUACGUUCACAACUAUCCAGUGCCGAAGCCCGGAUGCUAUGUCCCGGCCAUCACUUUCUACCAGAGAGGCGCGGAUAAGCUGGACUUGGAUGCGCAGGCAAAGUACUAUGCGUACCUUGCCAGCACUGGCUUGCAGGGACUUGUGAUUCUGGGGACCAACGCGGAGACGUUUCUCCUGACGAGGGAGGAGAGGAAAACACUUUUGCAGCUGGCUCGUCGCUCGGUGCCGGCGGACUGUCCGAUUAUUGCUGGUGUGGGAGGCCACUCAACCGCACAAGUCCUCGAAUUUAUCACAGACGCAUACGAAGCCGGCGCCAACUUCGUCCUCCUCCUACCAUGCGCAUACUUCGGCAAGCAGACAACAACAGCUGUCGUCAAGGAUUUCUACAAACAGGUCGCCAGCGUUAGCCAGCUCCCCAUCAUCCUCUACAACUUCCCGGCCGUCUGCAGCGGCCUAGACAUGGACUCGGAAAUCAUCGCCAAGAUCGCAAAGGCCAACGACAACGUCGUCGGAGUGAAGUUGACCUGUGGCUCUGUUGCAAAGAUCGCUCGACUCGCCGCGGUCUUCGCACCUUCACGGUUUGCUGUCUACGGCGGCCAAUCCGACUUUCUGCUCGGAGGCCUUGCCGUCGGUAGCGCAGGCUGCAUCGCCGCAUUUGCAAACGUCUUCCCGAAGUCAGUCGCCAGGCUCUAUCGGUUAUGGCAAGCCGGUCGACAAGACGAAGCUCUCAAGCUGCAGCAAACACUCUCUCUGGCGGAAUCACCUACCAAAGCCGGUGUUGCUAAUACGAAAUACGCUACCGCUGUUGUGACUGCUCCACGAGCUGGCAUCAAGGAUGCGGAGUACUUGCUUCGGCCACGAAGGCCGUACACUGAGCCGACGGCGGAUGUGAAGGCGAAGAUAAGGAGUGUGAUGACGCCGAUUGUGCGAUUAGAAGAUGUUAGUGCUGAGGUGGAGGUGAGGAGUCGAUUGUGA